AUGUCCACCAGUCCGUUUGGGCCAGCGCCAACAGGGAUAGAUCUCACAGCCAGUCACCACGCAAAGAACAAUGCAGCCGUGAUCGCGACAUAUGUCCUCGCCGCAGGGGCGAUUGCCCUGCGACUCGUGGCUCGAAUCCGAGUGCAGAACACUUUGAUCGCCGCGGACGACUGGAUGAUUCUGGCAUCUCUGGUAUCAGUAACCGCCAACUUCGUCUCUACAAUUAUCGGGGGAUACUACGGCCUGGGAAAGCAUGUUUGGAGCGUGGAAAUGCCAGACGUCAUCAAAGUGAUGCGCAUCCUGUUCGCCUACGUGCUCAUCUACGUGGUGACGGUCCCGCUGAUCAAGAUGUCGGUGCUGCUCUUCUACCGACGCAUCUUCGGCAUGAACAAGGCGAUCUGGUUCUGCAUGGCGUUGACCGUCGGCUACUGGCUGUCCUGCACGAUUGCCUUCCUGGUCUGCUGCCGCCCGGUUUCAUACUACUGGACGCAGUACCUCGACCCCAGCGGCGGCCGAUGUGUCUUCGACCUCUACCCAUUCUACAUCGGCAAUGCGGCAGCCAACGUGACCACGGAUGUGAUCAUCCUCCUCGUCCCCGUCCCCAUCGUCUGGCGGCUGCAGAUGCGUACGGCACAGAAAGUGCUGGUCUGCAGUAUCUUUAUGCUGGGUGGAUUCGUCUGCGUCGCAAGCCUCGUUCGGAUCUACUACAUGACGUUCCUGAGCCGAUCCGUCGACAUCACCUGGGUCAUCGGCGACGUCUUCAUCUGGUCCAGCGUGGAGCCAUGCAUCGGGAUCGUCUGCGCCUGUCUGCCAACCCUGCAGCCGCUGCUGCGACACCUGAUCAAGCGGUUUUCCGGGACUCGCGCGGGUAGAUAUAUUCUGGGGAGCUCGGGAAGGGAAGACUCAGCCGCGACGGAGGGCAGGGUACGGAAUAUGCGGGGAAGGAAGAUUCUAGACUGGCAUGAGGCGUUGUUGACGACGCACGCCGUUCAGAUCGAGAUGAACGGGUCGAGGAGGGAAGACGAUGACGACGAGGGAAGGAUUACCGUCGAGACGGACUUUCACAUGAUGGAAGAAAGUAAGCGAUAG